AUGCCUGCGCCCGCGGUGCCAGAGAUCACCGAGGACGUGCUGCACGAGUCCGUCGACGCCCGCACCGAGUCCCUCGUCGCCCUGCGCGAGCUCGGCCCCCCCGACCUCGUCCACCUCCUCAAGCAGAGCCGCAACAACCCCGGCCGCCAGACCGGCGUCUACCACCAUGUCACCGGCGUCGACGCCUCCUCCUCGGCCAGCCUGGCCGCCUACAUCAACACCCUGACCUACAGCAAGGACCAGGGCCAGGCACCCACCCAGAAGAUCACCGAGGGCCUCUACUGCUGCUACAAUGCCUUCUCCCGCCUCGAUAUGCGCGUCCACGUCACCAUCCCCGGCACCGUCGAGAGCUACUGCGUCGACGAGCGCGGCGAGAAGCGCAAGGCCACCGAGGAGCUGUGGCUCGAGACCUACCUCUGCAGCGUCCUGCGCGCCUACUCGUACGCCGACGACGGCAGCGGCGACACCAUCCGCAAGAUCAUGGGCGUCCGCCGCUUCAACCCCGUCACCAACACCGAGACCGAGCACCGCUUCCUCAGCGCCGCCGAGGCCCUCUUCUUCCGCGGCUGGCAGCUCGGCUCCGACUCGGUCGUCCAGGUCCCCAACAACGUCUCCAACCACCUGACCGCCGGCCUGCUCAAGUACUUCCACACCACCGGCCGCUUCGCCUCGGCCAUCAACCUGUUCGAGAAGCUGCGCUCCCAGAACGUCGAGGUCUCGUCCCUGCUGGCCAAGGUGCUGUUCAUGGGCAACGAGGAGGUCCAGGGCGUGCGCGUCCUCUACGACGCCCUCAAGGAGUCCCCCAUGGACUACGUCAUGCUCGACACCCAGGCCGACUUCCUCAUCCGCAAGGCCGCCACCGCCGCCACCGCCGAGCAGCGCGACGACCGCCUCAACAUGGCCCUGGCCUGCGCCGACCGCAGCACCAUUGCCGCCCCGAGCGAGUUCGGCACCUGGGCCCGCCUCGCCCACAUCUACGUCACCAAGGAGGACUGGGAGAACGCCCUGACCAUCCUCAACUCGUGUCCCAUGUUCACCUACCAGGACAAGGACGCGCCCCUGAUGCCCGAGCCCAAGGACGUCUACCUCCCCACCCUGGCCGAGACCCGCCUCGACGAGAUCGACAGCGAGCCCGAGUCGCGCUAUUCCGAGCAGGUCGACCCCAGCCUGCUCAACCUGCGGGCCGCCAGCUACCGCGGCACCUUCAAGCAGGCCUACGCCAUCCUGACCGAGAUGACGGCCAAGAUCGGCUGGGACCAGCUGCUCAAGAUCCGGAGCAACGUCUUCGUCAUGGAGGACGAGUACAGGAGCGAGAGGCAGGACACCACCUCCCUGGCCGCCCCCGCCGACCGGAAUCCCAGCACCGACGGCCUUCGCGGCACCCCCGAGCCCACCAACGGCGAGCAUACCGACGAGGACGACGAUGCUGCCUCGUCAAAGCAGGACGACGCCGACUCUACCGCCCCGACGCUCACCAACGGCAAGGAUGCGCCCAGCCAGGUUGAAAAGCCCGAGCACACCAUCGAUCCCGGCGAGGUCAAGGCCGACGCCAUCAAGUCGGACUCGGACAACAGCGCGACCACGGAACAGCACUUGUCCCGUCUGAAUAACAAGCGGCUCUGUGAGCGCUGGCUUGACAGCCUCUUCAUGGUUCUCUACGAGGAUCUACGCGUCUACACCAUCUGGCGCACGCAGAUGGCUCAGUAUCGCGCCCAAUCCAUGCAGUACAAGAAGUCGGCCGAGGAGUGGGAAAUCCUCGGCUCCUUGGCCGAACGCCUGCAACAUCACGACGAGGCCGUCGAGGCGUACCGCGCCUGUCUCGCUGCCCGCUUCAGCCCCAAGGCGCUGUCGGGCAUCCUUCGCGUCUUCGAGAAGCAGAAGGAGACACGUGAGACCAUCGCCAGCGUCAUCCGCCUCGUAGCCUGGCAGUACCGCUGGUACAGCGAGUUCUCCCCCGAGCUGCUCUACACCAUCCGCACCUUGAUAGAAGACGAGGGUGCCGUCAAGGUCAGGAGCAUCAUACAGGCCACGAGCCUGAACCAGAGCGUCCUGGAUUUGACACAUCAUUAUGCUGCUCUCUGCCACACGUUCAGGAGCAGCGGGACAGAUGGUUAG